UGGCGGUCAAUCCCGGUCAUAAAAGAGUAAACAAAUACGGAGUAUAUUUUUAUAAUGGUAUGAGAGAAUAUCCAAGAAUCUAAUCUAAAGAAACAAUAAACUGAUUGACUUGUCUGGUUAAAACAUUUAUACAAAAGUCAAGUAAUAUAUAAGACUCCAUACAACUCAAUUUCAAAGAAUCAAUUCCACAACUUUUCUCUCAGAUGGAUGAGCCUAAGCUGAAGCAGAGCACUUCCAUACAGGGCCAAUGAAAGCUAUAUGGUUCCACACUUCCACCUUGCAAAGUCAAGUAAUAUUAGAUAUGAUCUUGGAAGGGAAAAGAAAACAAAUGAAUCUAAUUUAGUGGUAUUAAUUAGAUUUGUUGAGUUGUUGGCUUAGUUGUUAAUAUGUAUAGGUUUGGAUCUAUUAGUUUGCUCUUGCUAAGAAGGCGUCUUCAGAUUUGUUAUAGCCGAAUGCUUGAACUACUGUUACACCCGUAAUUGGGUUGUAUAUUUUACCUUGUAUUUAUUAGCCUAGAUUAUAGUUUAAUGGGCCAAGGGUUUAUAUGUUUUCGGCCAUAGCAUGUAUAUAUACACACGUUGAUUAACAUAAUAGAAGGCAGAAUAGUUUUUACCCUAUUUUAAUAUGCUAAUGCGCAACAUGGUAUCAGAGCGUGUCUGAGCAUAUCGGCGAUCGUCUUCGGCAAUCACACCAGGGCAGCACCAGCGUGUUCGUCCUUGUGCACGAUGACCGAUCCUUCUCCGCCCUAUUAUCUCGGAUCUGGUGAUCAGCCCAGGAAUCUUAUUACUCAUGUAAUUUUCCGCGGUGACAAUUACGUGGGAUGGUCUACAGAUAUCACGCUCUCCUUAAAGGCUCGCCGGAAAUUCUGUUUAGUGGAUGGAACGAUGACAAAGCCGACUGAACCGGCAAAAUUGGUGCUCGAUUGGGACACCGUAAACUCUACGGUGGUUUCUUGGUUGCUGCGGAGUAUGGAGCAAAACGUGGUCACGUCCAUUCCGUUCCAUGAAGAAGCUCGUGCCCUAUGGGUGUAUUUGGAGAAUAGGUACAACGUGGCGAACGGGCCGCGUCUUGAGCAACUGCGGGCGUCCACCACAGAGUGCAAAUAGAUGAAGAACAUGUCCGUGGAUGGUUACUUUACGGCUUUGUUGAGCCUAUACGAUGAAAUGAAUAGGCUUAAGCCUUUACACACUUGCACGUGUGGAUUGUGCACCUGCAAUGUGGCUGCGAAAUUCGCCAAGGAUAGGGAAGAGGAGAAGCUUCAUCAGUUCUUGAUUGGGAUUGACGAUGAAGCGUAUGGAACGGUUUGUUCCAAUUUACUCUCGCACAACCCUCUUCCCGAGAUUGAUCGCGCCUAUCAAAUUUUUCUCCAAGAGGAAAACUCUCGUGCUGGCGUGCUGCUGCCCGGCAGUUGACGUGCACGCUUUUGCUGUUGCGAAGGGUAAGCCAGAUCGGGCUGACAAGCAGAAACUUGUUUGCACCCAUUGUAGACAAAAAGGACAUGAGGUCGGGAACUGUUUUUAACUUCAUGGAUACCCGGAUUGGUGGGAUGAUAGGAACAAAAAUAAAGGAGGAGCAACUUCCGGAGUCCGUGAGGGUACUGGCGGCCGUGGAGGGGGGGGGGUGCUGUGACACUCCUUAUAUUUAAUAAAGAUGUUAAUUUUAUUUGUAGAUAUUUUUUCAAAGCUUAUGAUUCGAGACGAAACAUCUUUUAAGGAGAGUAGAAUGUGAUACCCCGAAAAAUUAAAAUAAAAUAAAUAAUUUUAUUAGUCAGAUAAAA